GUCGUGCACUACGGAAGUGAUGGAGAUUUUUCGGCCUGGUGAUCUCAUGACUCCUUCCGUUAUGACGGGAAUGGAGUGGUUCCCUUGACGAUCCAAGACCUGCCGGGGAGAUAGAAAUAGGUCAAGCCCCAUUCACGGCAUCGCAGCAAUUGACCGAACCGAAACCACCACCCCAACAUCAACCUUCAUCUACCUAAUUAUUUUCACCGCGCAAUACCUAAGAGCAUGAACCGAAGUCACCUCAAUACCACCUAAUAGUCGUUUUCACCGAAAACCGAAUCGAGCAUUUCUACAAAACCCCCACAUCCAAGCCUCCAAAAUGCAGAGCUCAAUGUCACAAGCAUACGCGGCACCUCCCUCGGUCCCCAACACGUCGACGGAAAAGUCCCAUCAUGUUGCCCCUACCGCUGCCACUGCUGGCGCUGGCACACCUUUGACCACCCAAGCCCACAACACUGCGAGCACAACAUACCCUCAAGCCGAUCCCACAACCGGUACUACCACCGCCGCCGGCACAACACCAGCCACCAACCGCCCGACCACAGCAAGCACCUAUGCCAACGAAAAGUCGGUAGCCACCACCCCCGCCGUCACUCAGAGACGCUUCGGCGCUUCCGACAUCAUCCUCUUCAUCCUCGCCAUCUUCGUCCCGCCCCUGGCUGUCUUCUUCGACCGCGGCUUCAAGAUUGACUUUUGGAUCAACAUCCUCCUGACCAUCCUGGCCUGGUUCCCUGGCAUCAUCCACGCCUGGUAUGUCCUUUUCAGGCACCCUACCGGCAGGGACUAGAGGACCAAUCCGCAGAGGAAACCGGUAGUGCCUUCGCGGACACGGUUGGCUGCGCGACAUCCAGUUGAGCCUUGGAAGAGUAGAGCGUCGCAAGACUGGGUUAUCGAGACAUCCUCGAGGCAACCGAGCAUCACAGAAUCGAAGGAAACGGAGGAGAUGUGGUGCAUAAUUGGAUACUGGCAAAGCAUUCCAGAGUUACAGGAU